AUGCAGUCUCCGGCUCUCUUCACGCUUGUUUUUGCGGCCUUUGCCCUCUGUGACCUAACCCCUCAGGCAUCCCUAUACCCAUCCUCGGGAUUCGAAGGUAAACCUACGAUCAUCAAUGAUCUUGGCCGCUGUAUCAACAUUCCCGAACAGGAUGAUGCUUGGUACAACGUUCAUUCCUACGUAAUCAAGUCAAACGUCGAAUGCGAGUUCUUUAAGUCUGAGGAUUGUGAGAGAUCCGCUGGAAAAUUCAAGGGGAAUAACGACAAAUUCAUCACGAGCAACAUUCAAUCUGUCUUUUGUCUUGAGGCCUCGGAGGAUGAAGUUUAG